AUGACAAAACUCAACAUCAAGAUCGUUGUGGCAUUGGCUAUUGUAGGCGUGGUCUAUGCAUCUGUGCCCGUCUUUGCAAUUGAGGAAGGGGAAGCGAAGCAGUUUUGGGAUAAAUGCUUGACAAAAAUGUCUCCCAAGUGUACAUUGGAUAUAGUCGAAGAGAUUUUCUGGAACGGAACGGUCUCCGAUAUUUGUUGCCACGAACUUGUCCAAGAGGGAAAGCUCUGCCACGACACUCUAAUCAAAUACAUGGCAGAUAGACCAAGUUUUAUUGCCCGCGAACCCGAGUAUUUGGCAAAGAAAGAUGCUUUAUGGACUCGUUGUGCAUCGGUCAAAACAACCGUUUGA